AUGUCGAGACCAUUUUUAGUGAGUGGCAUGGCAUUGCAGAAGGAAACACAGGAUGUUUUCCUACUGUCUCUUCACCUUUUCAGUAAGCUGUUGAGUUUGGAGAGCCAGUGGGUUGCUGUGGAACUGGACUUUGCAAAAGACAUGUAUGAGCUCCAUCGUAAGGUUAACCCUAAUGAGGUGAUUGUAGGUUGGUGGGCAACUGGCCAUGAGAUCACUGAUCAUUCUCUGCUCAUUCAUGACUAUUACUCACGUGUCACUAACAAUCCCAUACAUCUCACUGUGGAUACAACACUUCAUGGAGGGAGAAUGAAUAUCAAGGGUUAUGUUAGUGCUAGCAUGGGAGUGCCAGGACGUACCCCAGGAACCAUGUUUGCUCCUAUUCCUGUUGAAGUAAUAUCUUAUUCACCUGAGAUUGUUGGCACUAAUGUAACACAGAAGAGUAAAUACAACAGACAGCGUUUGGUUGAACCCACAACGGAUCUUAAUCAGAUUUCUGAAGCAACUCAAAGCAUGGAGGCUACCCUUGAUAUCCUUAUUUCCUAUGUUGAAGAUGUGCUCAGUACAAAAGUAUCAGCCGAUAACUAUAUUGGACGUGAACUUACUAGAAUGGUUAAUCAAGUUCCCAAGAUGUCGGCACAUGAUUUUGAAGAGAUGUUGAACACCAACAUGAAGGAUCUACUUAUGGUAAUUUACCUGUCUCAACUUACCAAGGUGAAUGUUGGACUAAAUGAAAAAUUAACAAUGUUGGUGGCUACGCAGUAGAGGGGUUGCUGAUGUACCAAUAGCAAGAUGAAUGUAUUUGCAGCACUCUGCAACAUUACUGUAUCCCAGGAAAGGGCAAAAUAUAAUGUAACUUGAGAA